GCUCCUCUUCCGCGCGUGCGCAGAACCUCACCACCGCGCGCACCUAAGGCCACACCUCCCGCGCUGUGCCACGCCCUCCGAGGCUCCGCCCCCGACACCCGGAUCCCACCCCUCUGUCCGCAGGACCCCGAGCCUUAAUGAUCCUGCAGCAGCCUCUAGAACGGCGCCCCCCAGGCCGGGCCUUGCGCGACGCGCGGGCAACCUCGGGGAUGACUCGGAGCCUGGAUGCCAGCUCCCCUCUCUUAGGAGCUGUGCCCAUGAGCACCAAACGGCGACUGAAGGAGGAGCAGGAGCCCUUGCGCAAGCAGUUCCUUUCUGAGGAGAACAUGGCCACCCACUUCUCUCGACUGAGCCUACAUAAUGACCACCCCUACUGCAGCCCCCCCACGGCCUUCCCACCGGCUCUGCCCCCACUCAGAAGCCCUUGCUCCGAGCUGCUUCUCUGGCGCUACCCUGGGAGCCUGAUUCCGGAAGCCCUCCGGCUGUUGAGGCUGGGGGAUACCCCCAGUUCCCACUACCCUGCAACACCAACUGGGGACACAAUGGAGGUCUGAGUAGUGGUGCCUGUGCUUCUUCCCACCUGCUUCCUGCCCUGCUACAGAAGAGACAAGCAGCCCCCUGGGAGACAAGGUGCUGACUUCUCAGGACCUUUCCAAUAGCGGACCCAGACUCAAUGGAAUCCUGGGUGGGAGGGGCAGCAGGAAGGGAAGACAUAUUAAACCUCUCACACACACCCCUAGAAAUGAAUAAAGAUUGCUGAACACUUCAACGUUU